AUGGAUCGGUGGUCCGGCGUUUUGAAGAUUCCGUUGGAUGCUACUAACACUAGCAGCUAUUACAGAGUCGCAGCUUCUCUUUGCCUUUCUUCUUCCUCUUCCUCAAAAAAUCUAGCUGUACCUUCUGCGAAUGCGAUUUUCUUUCAUGGGGACAGAGUUAGAGAGACUGGGAAUCAUGUGAUAGAGAGGCUCUAUGAUCUGCAGAAAGUAGCUGAGAUUAUAGUUUCUAAAUUCGGAAACUCUGUUAACGCUUGGGUUGUUGAGGCUUCUCUGUAUAACGGACCGUUUGCGAUCUACAAAGACUUUGUUCCGUCAGUGAAUCGUUGUGGAGAACCAAAAUCAUAUUCCCCAAUUGGCUUCCCAGCUUCUUCAUCAAUCGUCUCUCUCUUAUCCACUUUCCUUCACGAAGUCUUGUCUUCCUCAAAGAGCCUCACUUUGAUCAACCCGGUUGAAUCAGCUGAUCAUCACUGUCCAAGAACGAUUGUUCUAGGGUUUAGCAAAGGUGGAGUUGUGAUGAAUCAGCUCCUGAGUGAGAUGAGUUUCUUGGAGGAAACUUCUACUGGAAUCCAUGAAAGGAAUGAGAUCAUUCCAGCGUCCAAAGAAAGCUUCCUCAACAGCAUUUCUGAAGUUCAUUACAUCGAUGUAGGACUGAACAAUUUUCGUGCAUACAUAACUGAUCAAAACGUGGUGCAUAGAAUCUCUCAACGCCUUGCACAAGGAGCAAACAUGUUACGCGUUGUCCUUCAUGGAACUCCAAGGCAGUGGUGUGAUGAGCAGCGUGGGUGGAUUCUUAAGGAGAAAGAUGAACUUGUUCGUUUGCUCAAAUCUGAAGGUGAAUGUUCCGGUGGGAAGCUUGAGGUCCACGAAAGGUUUUAUUUUGGUGACAGAGUUGCUGAUCUACAAAUGCACUUUGAGAUCAUUGAUGCUAUGGAUAUCUCAUGA